UUCGGUGCAGGCUCAGUAGAAAGUACAGAGCGGAGAAGUGCUGGUCUGAGCUAUCCGUAGUGCGAGCUGUGAAAUUACCUUUCUUUUUAUUCGAUGAGCAAUUAGCAAAAGUUGUGUGUCAAUGCCAAAAAUUAGCAACACCGAUGCAAAACAGAAGUUGUUGAAGCAAUCAAGAUUGAGCAAAAGUCUGUCAUCCAAAAAAGGAUCGCGUACGGGUAACUCGGCCAACAAUAAGGAACUCAAAGUGCUCACCCUCCUUCAAACUGUACCGUGAA